UCGGACAUGCGGAAUCGAGUCAGUACGCGGUAUUCCGUCUAACCAGCGACGGUACGCAACUCCAUUCGUUCGUUUGGAUCGCGAAAACGUAGAAUAAAAUCGGUGGAAAAUUUUCUUAGGUCGAUAUUUCGUGAAACGAUCACAGUUUCAUUAGGCACGAGUCGUUCUCUGACGGAUCGUGUUUAUAUCGCGUGGAAAAUACACGAAAAUAUCGGAUCUGACGACUACGAUAAAACAUCGCAACCGGAAAUACGCUGUCGCAUAUAAGUACGUUCGGGCGACGAAAACGACGUGUUCGUUGCGUUAACGAUAGAGAAAAAAGAAAGUAUAACGGAACAGAAAGUAAAUUGUAGCGUGAAGCGUGAUCCUGAAAAAGUUAGCCGCGUGGUCGAGCAUAAUUCCAGGUGCUAAAUUUAAAUGUGUUGCCUCGAUCCCCUUGGGUUAUUUCGCCUAGGUUGGCUGCGCUCAAACGGCUCGCUAGCGAACCUCUAUCGUCAGCCCUGCCGGCAGUGGUAUCGGUGUUGAUCGUUGUUGCCAGGUAUUAUACGUGAAUCGUGGUCGCCAUUGCCGGCGGUAGCGGCAUUGGUGUGAACACGACCAGACAUCGCCUGCGCGAUCGCGAGCUUACCACCACUACGCGAGUCAGUCGACGGUCUGCCGGCGAGCAGUGCGGACGCGUCGUGGAAGGUUUGAAGUUGUCGUCGCCCGCAAAUAUUUGCUGGCACGACCGCGAUUUCGCCCCACCGUCGGUGCCACGGUAACGCACGGCUCCCGCGGACAGAACCACUUCCCCUCUGCCCGGCCCGACGACCCUCCCUCCCUCGACGGUUACCCGGUGUUCUACCAGCGCCGCGGCGGUUCCCCUCUAUUGAUCGAAUUUGACCUGCGAAGUUUCCCCUAGCGUGUGCGGUAGUGGCGGCCGGCAGUGGCUCUCGCGCUUACGUUCCUCGGUUAGUGCGGUAAAUAAUCGCGAUACCUCGGCAUGGCUACUCCGACCGCUUGCACGCGGUUUAGUGACAACUAUGACCUCAAGGAGGAACUGGGCAAGGGUGCCUUCUCGGUGGUUCGACGAUGCGUUCAGAAGAGCACCGGUUACGAAUUCGCCGCGAAGAUUAUAAACACGAAAAAGCUGACGGCCAGAGAUUUUCAGAAGCUCGAACGCGAGGCACGAAUAUGCAGGAAGCUGCAGCAUCCAAAUAUUGUGAGAUUACACGACAGCAUACAGGAGGAAAACCACCAUUACCUCGUCUUUGACCUAGUAACCGGCGGCGAACUGUUCGAGGAUAUCGUGGCGCGAGAAUUCUACAGCGAAGCGGACGCGUCUCAUUGUAUCCAACAAAUCCUGGAAAGCGUUCACCACUGCCAUCACAAUGGAGUUGUGCACAGGGACCUGAAACCCGAAAAUUUACUCCUCGCAAGUAAGGCGAAGGGCGCGGCUGUGAAAUUAGCGGACUUCGGAUUGGCGAUCGAGGUGCAGGGUGAAGCACAGGCAUGGUUCGGUUUCGCCGGGACGCCCGGUUACCUCAGCCCGGAAGUACUCAAGAAAGAACCAUACGGCAAGCCAGUCGACAUCUGGGCGUGCGGUGUCAUUCUUUACAUCCUCCUGGUCGGUUAUCCGCCAUUCUGGGACGAGGAUCAGCAUCGAUUGUACGCGCAGAUCAAGGCCGGAUCAUACGACUAUCCAAGCCCAGAAUGGGACACCGUCACUCCGGAAGCCAAGAACCUAAUCAAUCAGAUGCUGACGGUGAAUCCGAGCAAAAGGAUCACCGCCAGCGAGGCACUGAAGCACCCGUGGAUCUGCCAACGUGAGCGUGUCGCGUCCGUCGUCCACAGACAAGAGACUGUGGAUUGCUUGAAGAAAUUCAACGCAAGGCGCAAAUUAAAAGGCGCUAUUCUGACGACCAUGUUGGCGACGAGGAACUUUUCCAGUAAGUAUGAUGCACAGGGUCGGAGCAUCAUCACGAAGAAGGGCGAUGGCUCUCAGGUGAAGGAAUCGACCGACAGCAGCACAACGAUCGAGGACGAUGACGUGAAAGAGGAUAAGAAGGGCGUCGUCGACCGGAGCAGCACGGUCAUUGCCAAAGAACCCGAAGCUGGCAGCGCAGGAAGUGCUAGCAGCAGUGGUAGCAGCAGCAACAGCCAGAACAGCCAGACUGGCGCUUCACCAUCCUCGCCAGCGGCCGUCUACAUCAGCAACAACCACGUGGCGACGCCCAUGGUAUCGUCGCGACGCUACGACUCAUCGAACAACGAAAUAAGAAUCGUGUGUCCUAUCAAGACCUGCAGCCAGCUCUCGACGAACUCCCAGUGUUCAGCACGCCGUCAGGAGAUCAUCAAGAUGACCGAGCAGCUGAUCGAGAGCAUCAAUAUCGGAGAUUUCGAGGCGUACACGAAAAUCUGUGAUCCACAUCUGACUGCAUUCGAGCCAGAGGCUUUAGGUAAUUUAGUCGAGGGAAUGGAUUUCCACAAAUUUUACUUUGAUAAUGCAGUUCUGGCGAAGCACUGCAAAGCCGUGAACACGACGAUCCUGAACCCCCACGUGCACCUGCUGGGCGAGGACGCCGCGUGCAUCGCGUACGUCAGACUGACACAGUACAUGGACAAACAAGGCGUAGCGCAUACCCACCAGAGCGAGGAGAGCCGCGUGUGGCACAAGAGGGACAACAAAUGGCAGAACGUGCAUUUCCAUCGAAGCAUGCUCACAGGGCCAUCGCCAUUCUCCUACAGUCAUAAGUAAAUCAAGGUGGCGGAGGAAAAAGGAAUAAAGGGGGGAAGUAGAAGAAGGGCCGAUGUGUCGGUGGACGCUCAUCGUCUCGACGCGUGGAACGAACCAACCGUGCAAGAACACGCGAUUGGAGCACACUCCACACUUCAAUCCAAACACACUUCUCUCGAUACCGAUAAAUGGAUAAAUAUGUAACAAGAUCGUUUAUCUAUUUAUUUAUUUAUCGAUCUACAAUAUACACACAUAUAGAAUACAUACAUACACGUAGACACGUGAACACGCGUAUAGUUAGUAUUAAGCGCGACAAAAUGGAAGGGAACGAGAAAAGCGAGAAAGUGUCAAGAUAGACAUAUGUUGAGGCUCGCUUCAGUACCUGCUCAGCGUACUUACCACGAAGCACCGUGACCUGUGCAUCGGCCUCGAUAGGGAACGAUUUCCGUGGAUUCGUGGUGAUUCGAAAAAGAAGAGGAUGAAGAAAGAAGAGGCAAGUUUUAUAGCUGAAGAAGAGAGCUGCGUGUUACGUCUUUGAUACUGUUCUGUCUUUGAUACGAUGAAGAUGUUUCAUCGGUGUAGGGUACUGUUUGAGAUACUUGAAGGCUUCUUAAGUGUCGUCGGUAGUAUAAGAUUAUUUGUCAGAUGCUUGAAAGAACAAAAAAAAAAAAAAGAACAUGGUAGAAAUACGUCUCUAGAGACGUCAAUAGGCAUGAGAGAUUUGAAUAAAAGACUAGCAAAGAAUUUAAAAACAAGAACCAUGACUGAAAACAGAUAACUCUAUAAGAUCUGUAAAACUAAACAACCGUCUCAAUUUCCAAAAGGAAAUCGUAUAGUACCAAGGAACAAUUUUAUUCCAUCUAUAUUCGUCUAAUAUUUGAGAGGAGCCAUCUUAACAACUUCCUAAAUUAAAAAAGAUCUAAUCUAAAGAUCUUCCUAAACAAGAAAAAGCACAUAUAAAAAUACCCAUAAAAAAUACCUUAGAUAAGAAUUUAACAGGAAGAAAGAAGGGACAGAACAAGCCGUCACGCAAUCCUGAAGAUCAGAAAGACAAGAGAAUCGAGAUCUAAGAAGGAAGAAAAUCUAGGAAAGGUGGAAAAUGGGCUGAAACGGUGUUCCAUUGGCAUCGAUGCCGAGCAUCGUGAAAGGUCAACGGUGAAUGUCGAACGGAAAGGACGCGUUUAACCAGGGAAUGGAAGACCGGAAGUAUAUAUCGGUGAUUGCACGGAGAACCGAAUAGAAUCAUUGAAAUGGCACACACGGCGAGAGAAGAUACCGCGAUCGACGAAAGAGAUGGCGCCGGCACGUCGGCAUCCAACGCGUAUUUAGUUCGUACGAUAGUCGCUGUACAGAACAAUCUUCCAUUGUAACUUUUUUCUUCUAAUUUUCGUUCUCGUCUCUCGCUACGACGACACACCGGGAAAAAAGAAAAGGCAAACCAAAAGAGAAAUCCAUGAGUAGAUCCGCGCGCGCGCGUGCUCUCUCUUGUAAAACCGCACGAUGAAUAAGGAAACACAGACACGCGUUCGUUAAAACAUUUUCUAAAGUGUACCUGCUGUAUCGUUGAUAAUUUCUAACCGAAUGUACGAAUACGCGCAUUCGUUCGUUCUAUUUAAUUCGCGAGGAGUAAUAUAUAUACAUAUAUAUGGAAGUUAGAGUUAUUUAACGAAUUGUUUCCAAGAAUCGUAAAUCUUGUGUGUAAUUAGUGGAGGGAUGAAAAGCAGAAGAGAUUAAUAAAAGUUACAAACUGUUAGUAUAAUUAAUAAACGAUAACGUGUAAUUAUAAACGAUACCGUAUGUACGCUUACCGAGCGUCGAGAGUAUGCUCGAAGCGAGUGGGCUCGAAUUGAAUGAUAUGCUUUCGACGAAAGUGGCGAACAAGGAAAGCUACUCGCUAGAGAUAAGAUCUGGAUCGGUGCAUACGCUCGCGUAUACACGCGUAUAACCAUACGCAACAUAGAGAUUACGCGCGAUAGUUCGAGAAUUAUAAAAAGAAAAUGGGGGAGGGGGGUUAAAGUGAAAUAAAUUAACGUAAAUGCGAAAUAAAAUUUAUUUUGUAAUAAGUUAUAUUAAACAUUUUUUAGUAUGCGUUUUCGAAAGAUAGCUAUCUUCUUUUUUCUUUUCUUUCUUUCUUUUAUUUCUUUUUUUUUUUUCUUUUUUUAAUUUUCCUUAAGAUGAACGAGCUAGUUUGUCGUUAUAGCCGUAAAAUACUUCGAAAGCGAAGCCCGUAAAAAGGUGAGGCCCAGGGCUAUAGCCCCCCCAGCUCCCCCCUUAAUCCGCACUUGUCCGAGAGGGAGAGAAGAGCGAUGUUUAAACGUUGUUACCUCAUCGUUGUAAGGCAGUUUCGCGGCUGGUGCGACGCGUAAGUUCAGCGCCGCGACGCGCGCCCUGCCAGUUUCCGCGUUACGUUUCAUUUUACCAAAUCGAUCUCGAAACGCCGAGUGUUCGUUGCCGAGCUGCCGUCGAACACAAAACCACGAGACGAACAAAAAGUAGAAUGAGAAAUGAAGAGAAAUAAGGGAAACCCUUGCAAACCACAAAAUAUACAGGGUCAAAGAAGAAAAUGGAAAAGAAAGGAAUGAUCGAUAGAAAUUUUACCGAGUUCUAUUAACGAAAGUGGUUUCGUUCGUGUGUAGCUUGGUGCGCAUUGGCCGUGCACGAAAGGAUCGAUCCACUUCCUGGCGUUCGUCGACGAGAAAGAAGAUGAACGAACGAAAGGAACAAAGUAAGAGCAGGAUAAAGAAACGGAAGUCGCGGCGCAGCGGCGAGAGUAAAGUAAAUAUAAUAUCUCAACGGACAUUGUUUAGAAACACGGGGAACUUAGGUGAUCUGCGAUCGGACACUUUUUUCGUCGGAUUUAUAAACACCUCCGUUCAGAGAAGAAGGAAAUGAGGAAAAUGAGACAGGAAGAGGAACGAAGGAGCAGUUGACGAGAGAAGGAAAAAUAAAGAGAGUAGAGAAAAUGCAAAAAAAAAUGUAACACACGAUAAAUCUUUCUUACACCGUUCGUACAUCUACUAUUAAUUAAUUGAUUAAUUAAUUAAUUAUUAAAUACGACUUUACGAGAGUAUAAAUCGAUUAUAUAUAUAUAUAUAUUAUAUAUAUAAAUAUAAAUGAACAAGAUUACCUAGGAAAGAAAUAUGAAUAAAUGUUUUUCGGUGAAGAGGGGGGAGGGGGGAAGAGGGGGGAAUGUCGAAGGAAAAGAUAGAAGAAGGUUCUCCAUCCGCGAGAAACUAAAUAAUCGGAGGAACAUUUUUGCCAUCUUGUUAUAUAAUAUAUAUAUUAUGAUACGUGUAUGUACGCGCAUGCGUGCAGACGCGCGAAAAUUCGUGAUGCGUUCGAAAAAUGACAUCAUCGAUUAUUUUAAAAGAUCGUCCAUUGAUUUGCGACUCUUUGCAGAAGUUUCGUUCUACUUCCUUUAACUUUGUUAAUCUUAAUUAAUUCUUCCGCAAUGAAUUAAUUCUUUUAUAAGAACAUUUAUUUACGUAAUAUUUAUAAUACUCGUUCAAUAUUGAUUUAGUGAUCAACUGUGCCGAUUCUAACGAAUUUCAAAGGCUAAUAUAUCGUGUAAUUUUAUUUCGUCCAAGAUAAUAACUUGUUUCGUUUUUUAUCAUAUUAUUCGAAUGAAACGAUUGAUCGACAUUGUUCGCGAUUGAUUUUCUAUUAAAUUGAACGUCGAUCAAGCGUUAGAUCGGUUUCCACGAUCGAACACGCUCGAAAACGCGCGUCCACGCCUGCGCGCGUGCGCACUCCGCGAUUUACCGCGUAUGUAUAUUGAUAGCAGAUAGCAGAACGUGAAGCGAAGAAUGCGUGGCGGUGGAGGAAACGGUGGAAAGACGAGUGAAGUUGAAAGAGAAAAACAAACGAUUUAAUAUAUUGCAGAUACUAUAUUAUAAAUAUAAAUAUAAACAUAAAGAAAAUUAAAACUUAAGGAAUAGUUAUUUCUACUACUCUAAUUCGUCGCUUCUACGUGUGAUUGUUGUAUAAAAAAAAAGAACAAAAAAUACGAUUAUUGAUUUAUUAUCAUUGUUAUUACACGAUUAUCAUUACACGUUACGACUACUACUAUUACUAUAAUUAUUAUUAAUUAUUGCCGAGCGAAAGCAGUAUAUUAGGGAUAGAACCGGGAACACGGGAAAAACUGUUAAAGAAAAGUCAAAAUGAAUGAACUAAAAGGAAAGUAAAUAGAAUCGAAGAAAAAGAGAGAGAGGAAGCGCGUGUACGAAGAAAGAAAAAUAAUUUGUACGGUCCGAUUUUGUUUCCUACUGUAAAAGGUAUUCUUAAUUGACAUACGAAUGGAUUUCCAGAGAGAAUAGAUAAUCACGGACAAGAGUAAGAUUUCCAAAGGAGCAAGACCAAAUGGUAAAAGAAAGCGUAACAUUUGAGAAAAGAAGACAAACGACAAAAUGUGAAAGAAAGAAGAAAUAAGAAUAAUAAAACAUGACGAUCUUUAUUAAUAUACGCAUCUAUAAAUACGAGUUUACGAAUCGUUAAAAUGAUCGGGAGAGCUAACGGAAGAUUAAAGAAAAAGAAAAUAAGAAUAAAAAUGAAACACGAUAUACCAAUUAUACAUCGAUAAAGUAUCGAUUGCGAGGGAAGUUGAAGAAUGUUCGAUAAAGUCUCGGAAAUGGCACACGUUCGCUCGCGCGCGUUAUUUACGAAGUUGUUUCUUAUUAAAUAAUAAAUAGAAAGGAAGAAGAAAGAGGAAUGGAUAAAAAAUGAACAACCAAAUUCGGGAAAAAUAUUAACGAACAAAAGAUAAAGGAAAUAGAAGAAAGAAUGAUUAUUAACGCGGAGGGACGUGUCUCGCUUGCCCGCAUCGGAUUUUGCUGAAAGUCGUUGUUUCUAAUAAAAGAAAUAAUAAUUGAAUAGAAAUUCGAACCAGUUCAGCAACCAUUUUCGCCGGUGUCUCGUUAGUAUGAUACUCUCUUGUAGGUUAAACGUAAAAUACAGUUUAGUGUGUAAUAGCGUUAAUUGUUCUAUAAAGUUCUCUCACAUUCCGUGCAACGUCUACCGAAAGUUCUAAUUGUUAUCGUGUUUGUCGGCAAUUCUCAAUUUUCUUUAGUAGCUGCACAUAAUAUGGAAAUUAAUCGUCGAUUAAUAGUUGGAACGUUUCUUCUUGUUGAUUUCUUCUUCUUUCUCCGCUUUCUUUAUCCUUUUUCGUUGGUAGGAUCCUUUGAAAUGUUCACUGUUUGGUUCUCAAUGGUUUUAUCUCUUCGUUAGAGUAAGCAGUUAAUUAGCGUCCGUAGCCUUCUUAUUUCUCGCAAGAAUAUUCUUCUUUGUAAACGUCGUAUAUCUUCAAAAUUCUUUCUUUUCGAUAUCCACGAAAUUCUAAUUACGUGAUUACGCUGCAACACGCGCAAACAACUUCUCCGGGUUCAUCUUCGAUCAUUCACUUUUUAUCAAGCAAUUCGAUUCGUCACGUUGCACUUUAAAGUCGAUUUAGUCAGAAACCCGAAACUUCUCGUCGUUUUCUCGCCCUUCGCUUCAUUGCAGCCUGAAUAAUCUAUCACGAAGACGAAGAAGAAAAGACGAAUUCAUCGAAGAAAACAAGUAAAAAUACCGAUUAUUCGUGUGAGAGUCGUUCGAGGGACUCGUGUAGCGGUUUUCUCGGAUCACAAAACAUCACGAGGUAGAAGAUCGAUUAGAAUUCGCGCGAUCGACCAUUCAUUCGUGACAUUCGCCUCGAAGAAGCUACUUUCAGCAAGAUCUGCUUUACUUUGAGUAGCGGUACGCGCAUGGUCGUUUGGAUAUCAUUUAUCGGUAUCGUUCGUGGUUUUUAUAACGAGAGAAACAUCAUUUGGGGAAUUUGAAGUGUAAUGAAAUUUGAAUUUCGGGUGAAACGAUUUGAAUUUGAAAAGAUGAUUUGGAAAAUUUUCAUCGUUAGUGGUUUUCAUGAUGUUACAAAGAUGAUUUGUGUGGGGAAGUUGAAGAAGGAAGAAAUGAUUUCGUUUUGGAAAGAUGAUUUGGGGAAUUUAAGAUAGAAUACAAGAUGAAAAAUCGUGAAAUGUCUGCAAGUAAAGAAAAUUGGAAAGGAAGGGAGAAGAAGAUAGAUUAACGAGGCAUUUUCGUCGUUCGCAUUUUUCUUCGAUAUAUUCGAUCGUUCCAAGAGAUUUUAAACGAAUUAGGUAGAACAAGACUGUUCGUCUAAUGAUAUACUUUCGAUUUAAUAUCCGUUCGAUUUUUCUAAUCAUGCAUGAUACGAUAAACCUAACGAUCAUCCAAGUAAGCACACUUUUACUUUUCUCUCUGUACGAUCUUCAAGAUCUUCUUUGCUUCAAUUGUCUAAACUCGUUAUUGUAUUGUACAUGCUCGUUUAUCGUUCGCGCUGAUUCGAACGAGUUAACUCGUUUCCUAUUGUUACGUUGCGAAUAGGAAAUCCAAGUGAUCAGAAGGAAUUGGAGGAUGGAAUUCGAAUCCUGCCUCUCUUGCUUCGCUCUCGUCUUCGUUUAGCGUUGUCGUGGUCGUUAUCGUUGAAGAAAGGGGGAUAAGCGAGAGGGUGUAAUCGUGGUACGCUCGAAAAAGUGUUGCUUUCGACUGGUAAUUCUGUAUAGAAAAGAGAAAAGAGAAAUAUAUUCAAAAUUUUGGAACAAUGCAAAUGUAGAUCUACGAUUCGAUAGUUUGAGGAUCGAAAGAUUCGAAGAUUCGGAAACCAAAAAAUUAUUAUAUUAAAAGAUUAGAAGAUCUAGAGAUCUAUGAAGGAUAACAAAAUUUUGAUUUAUUCAAAAAUUCGAAGAUUCAAAGAUUUCAAUGUUUAAAAGUUUGAAAAUUCCGAAAUUUCAAUAUUUGAAAGCUCGAAAAUUUUGAAAGUUUCAAUGUUUGAAAGUUCGAAAAUUUACGCUAAAUUACAUUAAGUUACAAUGGCCAGUCGCACGCCUUUUCGCGUGAGCCGGAGGAAGAAUCGAGCGUGGGGCGCGUUAGAAGUACGGCGUAGAGCCGUGACAACCGAAUUACCGAAUUCAAUCGACAGUUUAGCGGUUAAUCGCCGUAGAGUGUAAUUAAACUAUUAAGUCUUGUUUAAGGAUGAAAAAUCGUCUUCUACGUGAGAAACCGCGACACAGCGACUCGGCUCGCUGUAAGCUCACGCGCGCACACACACCGGCCGAUUGCUGCGUAUGCACGAUUUUAUUACCGUGAUUUUUCGGUGCCGCGUUUUAGAAGAGUACACACACCCUACAGGUGAAAACUCAAGAGUCAGCCGAAAGUUUUUAGGAAUGCGGACUGAAACAACAGCCAUAAUCUAUGAGACUCGUAGCAAACAGAGAAAACAUAUUAAAAAUACGAAUCAAGUUCCUCCCAAUCGUUCUUCCGGGAUGCUCGACGCAUGGCGUCGCGCAUGAUCUGAAGCCGUGUACACAAAAUCUUGUGGGAUACGAUUGAAAAUAUAGUUCGAUGGCACCUCUGUAUAUUUCCUUUUUUUUCAGUAUUAAUUAUUUUUAUUCUUUACUAUUUGUUAAUCUUUUUUUUUCCAAUGUCUGUGAUCGAGAAAGUUAGAUUAUAUUUAGAAAAACAUUUUUCGCAACUAAGAGAAGUAUAAUAAAGAGCAAUUUUUGUUGUCUUCGUCGGUUAAGCUUCUCUAUCAUUUUUAUUAUUUUUACCGAUCGCCUUCAUACACUUCGUCUAUAUUCAUUCUUCUUCCUGUAAAUAACUCUAUUCUCUGAUAAUGAUAACAUUAUUUAUUUCAUUAACACAAUUUAAUGAUAACAACUUAAAAUAGUCUUCUAGUGAGAUGAAUAGUUUCCAUCCGUUAAGUUUGUUACGAAUAAAAUAUACGAUAUCGAUAAAGGGAUAGUGGCAUUCGGAAACACUAGCUAUAGCAGAAGUGCUGAUUCUCCUCAGAAAAAGAUCAAAGAACGCCGCGGGAAGCAUUGCUACCAAGUAUCAACAUUUCCUUGCUAAUUUCGUCGAAGUUAGGGAAGACAUUAAUACUGCAAGUAUCAGUGCCUUUUAGCUAAUCGGAUUCGAACAAACUAUUGAUACUUCCUUCGUAGCAGUUUCCUUUUCCACUGUACCUUACCUAUCGUUCCCACACGAUACCUACUAAGUCCAAUUUAAUUAAACUGUCUAGCAAAUUUUUCGAGCUAUAUUUUUAAUCGUUCAUUCCCAAUACAUAUAAAUUUUUAACGUGAAAAAACCAGAAGGUCACUGAUUGGUGAUCGUGUCUUCGAUAGAUUAUUUUACGAAAAAAAAAAAAAAAAAAAGAUAAAAAGAAAGUAAGAACGGAACCGUGGUUCCUAACAAUCGACGAAACAAACUAAAAGACGACGGCUGCGAGAAGAAAGCAACGUAAAGACGCGGUCUUCGGCUAUUUUGACCUCUCUUUUCGUCUCUACGCUACUUCGAAGGUCCGCGUUUCGAAGGGUUUUUUAUCGUUCCGUAACUUUUUGCGACCCUAACCUACGCAAUAUAGAAUUAUUAAUUAUCGUAACUUUUUAGCGUGUGCGUGCGUCUAUUUGUGCAUGCGUGCGCGUGAUUCAUAUUAAUCCAAUUGAGGUACAGCUCGGUUGAUUUUGCACGACAUUUCCGGAUCCGACUAAUUCGGAUCGACGAUAUAUCUCACAGCCAGAAUUCGACCGAUUUCGACGCGUAUUAUCUCGAAUAAUUAGAAAAGAGGAAUCUAAUUAAUAGUGCUGAUAAUGAGAUAAAUAACAAGUUUCGCAUUGUCGAGUCGAUCUCGUUUCAAAACAGCGUCGAUACACUUACAUAUCUUCUACGCUUCAACAUCGAGAGGAAAAAUAAAGGAAACAUAUUACAAAGGAACACUUAGUCGAUCGGUGCACACUCGCCAAAGAAAAAAUAAAACAUAGAUUAAUCGUACACGUGACAGUGCGAUUUUUUAAUCUUUACUUUUUAUCAUCGAGCGUGCGCGUCGAACGGUCGAACGUUCGAACGUUGUUCAAAAAGAAACUAAAAUAGUAAAACGAAGAACAAACCAUUUCGAGCUUAAAGGAACCAGAAGACAAAAAUGUAAUAAGACAAAACAAAAAAUGCACGCAAUACUUGAAAAGCAAGUUAAAAAAAGGUGAAAAAAAGGAGCGAACAAAAAUGCAAAGAACACACAUAGAAGGCAAGAUAAAAAUUAAUAAAAAAAGAAUGAUGAAAAAUGGUAAAAAGAGGAAACACACACACGGAUACACACAUACACGGGAGAGAGAAUACAAAACGAGUUCGAUGAAGUCCUCCAUUCGAUUUCGCGAUUGGCGGACGAUGCGUCGAAGAAAAUCUAGUGAAAAAACAAAAAAAAAAAAAAUGCAGAGAGAUACGAGUUCUAUUAGCGGACGUGCGAUCCAACUGUGCCUCGAAUAAAAUCUUGAGCGACGUCCCCUCCGACUAAAACGAAAAAAUUAUAUAAAAAAAAAAUUCACGAAAAAUGUGAACAAAAAAAAAAAAAGAUUAUGAUAUGUAAUAGAUUGUAAACGUUCACUACUAUUCUUAUUGAUAUUAUUGUCAUUAUUAUUACUGUCAUCAUUAUUAUAUUGUCAUUGUUAUUGUUACUAUGAUUACCGUCACGCGCAUUUUAGAGGAAUUAUUCACGUGCAAUUUACGAUGGCGAAUUCCGCGCGACAUUCGUGUUUUUACUUCUUGAGCGUUGCGAUGAAGAGAGAAAAGAGUAAGAAAGUGAGAGAGAGAAAACAGAACGAAACGGAAGAAAAUUCACGGACACCAGAUAGAGAAAAUUAAUUUCCCGUGAAAUACGCUAUUUUCUAAAUAAAAACUUCAAAGAAAUAAAUCCCAUAGAAACUGGAAAGUAGCGAAUUUUUGCGCUGGGAAAGAAGUUUCUAAAAUUCUACAAUUCUCGAUCAUCGAUCUUCUCGCUAUUCUCCAUUUCUCUUCGCCUAAAUUGUAAUAUGUAGCUUUCUAUUGUAGUCUACAGCCGCGUAAAUUCCAUAAUUCUACUUGAAGGACAUGAAAACGUUCGAAAUAUCUAGACUAGGAUUUCCCCACUUUGAUUACGACUGAUUUAUAAUCUGCUUCGAUAUCGAGUUUAGCUUCCAAUAGAUCAUUAUCGAUAAAAAAAAAAGCAUUACACGGUAAUCUAAUUAUAUUAAUAGUAAUCUAAUCUCUUAGUUCUAUUAACAAAUUCUGCUCUAUUAGCGUCACGAAGCUUUUUAAAGUGGAAAUCGUUAAGUCACGCGACGAUCGAUGAUCGAUAGACGAUGGAUUCGACGCGGCAGGAUUGUAGAUCAAGUUGUCUGCUUCCGAUUUCUGUAUUCUAUCCGGUGUCGCGUAUUUGAAAGCAUCGAAUCAACGUUUCGAAGGCAAAGAGCGUUUCUACGAAGCCUGGCUUUUGGUAGAUCUAACGAUUAGCUCGAACCUUGAUCCAUUUGUGGACGAAACGUCGAUCGAUCUCGCCCAUGUUGGUGAAAUCGCCAACUGGAAAGGGAAGAAAGAACGAAAAUCAGCGUGAGAAUGCGUGCGAAUAUACGAUAGAGCGAGUGUGAGAAUGAGAGAAUGGAAUGAGAGCGUCGAAUAGAGAAAAAUGUGUGAAUUAUUAAAAGAAAAAAAAAUCUCUCAUCGGUACAUUUAAUAUAACGCUAAUUCAUUAUUACAGACAUUAUUGGAUUUACGGUAAACGGAUAAGCGAUUGAUUACAAUUUUGUCCUAAUGUUCAGAGAAAUAAAACAAGGAAAUACA